AUGACACCUGGAGAACCAGCCUAUGCAACUGGCAACCAUACUCCAGUUACCCAGUUCAUCUUGUUGGGAUUCUCCAGUUACGCAGAUCUCCAAGAGCUUCUGUUUGUAGCCUUCCUGCUCAUUUAUGCCGUAACAGUGGUGGGCAACCUGGGAAUGAUGGCACUCAUCUUCACAGACGCCUGUCUCCAUAGGCCCAUGUAUUUCUUCCUCAGUGUCCUGUCAUUUCUAGAUAUUUGUUACUCAUCUGUGGUCACACCCAAGCUCUUGAUCAACUUCUUGGCCUCUGACAAGACCAUCUCUUUUGAGGGUUGUGUGGUCCAACUGACCUUCUUUGUGGUGCACGUGACAGCUGAGAGCUUCCUGCUGGCCUCCAUGGCCUAUGACCGCUUUGUGGCCAUCUGCCAACCCCUCCAUUAUGGUUCUGUCAUGACCAAGGUGACCUGCGUCCAGCUGGUAGCCGCUUCCUAUGCAUUUGGUGCCGCCAACUCUGCUAUCCAGACUGGGAAUGUCUUUGCUCUGCCUUUCUGUGGGCCCAACCAGGUCACACACUACUUCUGUGACAUCCCACCCCUUCUGCGCCUGGCUUGUGGCAACACAGCCACAGCAGGGGUGAUCCUCUAUAUCUUCUCAGCUCUGGUUACCCUCCUGCCCGCUGCAGUCAUCCUCACCUCCUACAGCUUGGUCUUGGUGGCCAUUGGGAGGAUGCGCUCAGCAGCUGGACGGGAGAAGGCCCUCUCGACCUGUGCCUCCCACUUCUUGGCCAUUGCCAUUUUCUAUGGCACUGUGGUUUUCACCUAUGUCCAGCCUCACGGAUCCUCUAAUGAUACCAAUGGCCAAAUAGUGUCCGUGUUCUACACCAUCAUAAUCCCCAUGCUCAACCCCUUCAUCUACAGCCUCCGCAACAAGGAGGUGAAGGAUGCACUGCAGAGGAAGCUCCAGACUGCUUCUCUGAAUGCAUCAUCUCCGCAUUGAUUGUCGCAUCAUUCCGAGACGCAUCCUCCAGUCACCAGGUCCUAAGAGUGAUACUGGUCAAAAUGCCAUCUAAAAGUCAGCUAAGUAAAUGCCAUUUUACCGCAGCAGGUCCUUCCCACAAAGGACAGUAUCUUGGGAGGUGUAUGUUAUUUUCUUCUCUUUACUGAUGAAGAAAAGAUGAUCCAAGUUAAGCAACGCAUUCAAGUUUUCACAGCUAAUAAGAUAGGCUGGAUGUGGUUGGCCCAUAAGCAUUCGAAAACCUCACUGGCAGUUAAGAAGCUGAGAAUUAAAAUCCCCAAAUACACUUGUAUAGCCUCCAAAACAGUAAAAAUUAAA